AUGACCAUGCCAUCCCUUCGCUCUAACGCUUCCCUAUUGGGCCUUCUUAUGCUUCUGUAUGCCUUCUCGACUAUCUCCCUCGUGGAAGCCGGCCCAGUCGCGCCGCAGCAUGCUACCAACCAGAUUGCCUCCAUCAAUGCGCGAGUGUCACAGAAUGAGCAUCUUGUAGAGAGGUUCAACCCUGCCGAUGACGCCUUGGACUCAAUCCAAUCUGUCACCAAGAUGAAGCGAGGUGAUACCGACAGCUCUGACGACGACGACGAUGACGAUGACGAUGAUGAUUUUAUCGAGCCAUCUGUCAGUUACUCCUUGCUCGGCAAGGUUUCGACUAUCAUUGAUCAUCUGCGGCGCUGAGAAACGUCAGCAGGUAAAUUUAGGUCAGUCGACGCACAGCGGCUGGGUAACUGUUCUAUAUUGUGAUACGGAGUCUGCUUUGUUCUCUUGAGAGAUCGAUAGUCUUGCAUUUCAGCUCCUCCUGCUUUCAUCCAGAUGCGU